AUUUUGUGUCAGUUGUGGAUUCUCGAUUGACUGAGCAUGCGACCCCGCGCGGUUGUGCUCACGCUUUGCGCCGCGCGCGCGACCGGGUUCGUCACGUGCACGCGGUCGACGUCGCUCACCGAUAUCUUUACCAACUGGUGCAUUUGCCAGCCGUGCAACCUCUGCAGCUACAAGCUCUUUCAAGGCUGCGACGUGCUUCUGACCAACGCGAUCUCGCAAUCUGACGGCUCGGACAUUCCGACGCGCCAGCCGCUCUUGGCUUCGAGCGACUGGUUCCUUUCAACCGACGAGAUUACGAACGCGCGUGGUGGCAUACCGCGCACGUUGCUCGCCACGAGCUCGUCGGGCAACUUUGUGCACAUCUUUGCCGACACGAGCAGCACGUUUGCCGCGAUCCAUGAAGAUCUUUUGACUGCAAACGCUGCGUACUUUACGAGCUGGACGCUCGGCAACGUCCCGUAUCUGCCGCAGGUAGAUCCCUCCAUCACGUUCAAGUCGACGUGGAGCACGGCGAUCACGGCCAAUGGCCUCAGCGCGCACGGGCUCGUGUGGUCCAAUGUCCCCGAACUCGCCCGCGUCACCGACAUGUAUGCGUGGAUGAAUUCGUUGUCGCCGUCGAACGGUACGCGCGUCCAGCUCAUGACGGACGACCGUGUCACGUCGAUCACGGGCUCGCUGCACCAAAAGAGCUUGGUGCUGACCCGCGGCAAUCAGCUCUGGGCGUACGCCGGCGGGAUGGACCAGACGUUUGAUCGAUGGGACACCAAGUACCAUAACGAGUCGGCAUUGCGCCAAGCCGCCCAGAUCAGUACCAACAACAACGGCUGGAUCGAUACCCACACGCGCGUGCUCGGGCCGGCGGCGGUCGAUAUUUUACACAAUUUUUUGGACCGGUGGAACGACCCUAAACCGCCUGGUCCAGCGCUCGGGCCACCGUUCGUGACGCCGCCAACGCCGCUGCAAGCUUCGUGGAACGUGCCGCAAACGUUCUU